UCAAAUUAAACCUGAAUUCAGAAUCCAGAUCAACGGAAACCAAAGACUUGGAGUCCGGAUCCAGAUCUGAUCUUAAUCUUGACUUUCGAUCAGAUCUUAAAACUGUAUUCAGGUCAGAGGAGACCAGAGACCUGCAGACCAGAUCCACUUCAGAGAUAAGAUCCAGAUCCACUUCAGAUCAGCAGCUGGGAUCCGGCUCAGAUUUAGAAACUGAAUCCAGUUCAGAGGAAGACCCAGACCUACAGCUGGGAUCUGGAUCAGAACUGGAGUCUGAAUCCGGAUCAGAUUCAGAGUCUGAAUCCAGUUCAGAGGAAGACCAGGACUUGGAGUCUGGAUCCGGACCAGAGUUGGAUUCAGGGUCAGAAUCAGAAUCAGCCAAUCAGCAGGCAGAGCUGCAGGGCAUGCUGGGAAAAGAGACUGAAGAAGACCCCGCCCACCAAGAUCUGCCGACCAAUCAGAGGCUCCGGCUGCUGUCGUCAUGUGAAGAGCUGGCAGACAAGGUCUGCCUCUGGGUGCAGCAGGGCAGCAGAGUGUUGUCUGAAAGCUCUGAAGCCGGACUGCAGCUCUUUGAGGCCGAAGAGACUCUGAACACAUACCUGAGGCUGCAAACAGAGGCUGAGUCUGCAGGUUUGGAUGCAGAAAACAUGAAGCAGAUCCUGGAUCAGAUCAACGCUCUGCAGCCCGGUGGCUCCCCGCUAUCCCCCCUCAAAACACUGACCCAGCAGCUGAAGAGGGGCCGCACCAGAACCAGAACCAGCACCAGAACCAGAACCAGCUCCAGCGACCCACCGAGCCCUGAACUCCCUGCUCGUGUGGAUCUGGUCCUGAAGGAGCUGCAGGGUCUGAACAGGAAGUUAGACUCAAACCUGGAGCUGCUGCGACCCUACGUCACUUUCCUCCGCACAACACAGCAGGUGGAGGACGAGAUGGAAGAACUUCAGGAGCUCUACAGAAAGAGACCAGAGGAAGAGGAAGCCAGUAGCUGCAGGUCGGCAGUGAAGAACAGGAAGCAGUUUGACUCCGGCUGGGAGAAAACGCUGCAGAAUUUCCUCUCCUGUCAGGAACUGGGGAACAGCUUCCUCCAAACAGCUAACAUGGUGUCUGGAUCAGCGUUGAACCUGCAGUCGGUGGUUCAGGAGACGCUGGAGCGGCUCGGCAGAACAGAACAGGAAGUGAACGACAUGAGGAGUCAGCGGAUAAUCCAGGUCCAGGAGCAGAGAGAUUACUGCAGGAAGUACAGGGAGAGACUGGACAAGACCCUGCAGGACCUGAACUGUGUCUCUGAGAUGCUGGACUCCUGCUCUCUGAUGGAUCUGGGUUCAGACCUGCAGACCUCCAAGCUGCUGGAGCGCUUCAGCCAGGCCCGUCCACACUUUACCCAACUGGACGCUGAGGUGGAGUUCAUGUUGAAGAGCUGGGAGACUCUGAGAGGAGUCCAGGAGGGUCUGGGGGAGGAGGAGGAUGAGGAGGAGGAAGGACCAGUGGAGGAGGAAGACCUGUCAGAGCUGCUGAAGCUCCAGGAGAAAGUGAAGAAGAAGAUCCGUCAGAGCGAGUCCAUCCUGGACCGGACCAGCAGCUUCCACCUCACAUCCAGACAGCUGGAGGCGCUGAUCCAGACUUUAACUGGUUCCUGUGGAUCCAGCGAGGAACAGCAGCAGAUCCAGAGUCUGUUCAAAACCGCUUCAACACUGAAGAGCGACAUCUGCACCUCCGUCAGCUCCACCGGUUGGACCAGUUUCCACGUGGACCAGCUGGAGGCCCGGCUCGUCUCUCUGGACUCUCUCUGUGUCUCGUGGCUGAAGGAAGCAUCUCGUCGUGAGGAGAAACUCCGCAGAGAGCGGCUGCUCAACGACGACAUCAACCAGCUUCGUGAGUCCUUCAAGGAGCUGAAGAAGCGUUUCAGUAACCUGAGGUUCAACUAUCUGAAGAGGAACGACAGGACGAGGAACAUGAAGGCAGCGAGAAACCAGCUGCAGCAGGUGGAGCUGUACGAGGAGAAGCUGCAGGCGCUGAGGAAACGCCUGGUGGGGGCGACCUCUCGUCUGGGUUCAGAGGUCAGGGACGGGGGCGUUGCCAGGGAGACGGAGGACGCGGUGAACGAGCUGCAGAGACAGAUGGGCGAGUUAGAGCGAAGCGUGGGGGAACACCAGAAGACUCUGGAGAUGACCUGCAGACUGCAGACCGCCAUGGAGGAGUAUCAGUUCUGGUGUGAUGACGCCGGAUCGACCAUCGCUCGCGUCGGGAAGUUCUCCUCAGAGUGCCGCAGCACGGAGGCCGUCUCCGUCCUGCAUCGACAGUUUGAGAAGUUCGUUUGGCCGACGGUCCCUCAGCAGGAGGAGAGGAUCAGUCAGAUCACUGAGCUCGCUGUCCGGCUGCACGGGCUGGAGGAGGGGCGGCGCUACAUAGAGAAGACGGUCAGUAAGCACUCUGAGAUGGUGGAGUCCAUCAGAGCGCUGAGUGACGGGCUGCUGGCGCUGGAGGCCAAACUGAGGAUGGAGAGUCUUAAAAACCGGCAGGACGACGGACAGAAGGAGGAAGAGGAAGAGGAAGACAAAGAGAAAGAUGAAGACGAAGAGGAAAAGAAAGAGAAGUCAUUGAAGGGAAACAGGAGGAAGAGGAAGAAGAAGGAGCAGACAGAUAACCGCCGCUCACAGGAGGCGUCGGACAUGCACGAGCUAAAGGAGACCGGCCACACCCCCGAACUGACCGCCGAGCAGGGUGGGAAGGAGGUUCCAGUGAAGAGGCAGAUCGCAGCCAAUCGGAAGCCUCCGUUACAAAAGAGCUGCAGUCUGGAUGCAGAGAGACAGACGGAGAGCAGGGCCACCUCCUCAUACUGUUCCACCCACACCUUCAACUUCCCCUGCUCCCCAUUGGAUACCAACCGACGAGUCCGCAACAUACACAACCAAUCACAGCCUUCCGCCACGGAGGCCACGCCCUCGCCCUCUGUGACUGGCCCGUCGUUUUCUGACAUCCAGAGGGAGUUCGGGAAGGAUGCAUCAAGAGGCAGCCUGUCGGAGGCGGAGCUUCACGACGUGAUGAUGGAAGAUUCUCUCUCCAAUGACGAGUACGAUUGUGCGUCACCUGACGACAUUUCCCUACCGCCGCUGGCAGAGACUCCAGAGUCCAUCAUGGUUCAAUCAGACGUUGAGGAGGGCUACUGUUUCAGCUCCCACAGCGUCCACACUAACCAGUACAGCCGCCAGUCAGAGCGCAGCGGCACUGGUACUGGUUCUGGUUCUGGUUCUGGUACUGGUACUGGUACUGGUUCUGGUACUGGUACUGGUACUGGUACUGGUUCUGGUACUGGUACUGGUGCAGUCCGACAACACAGACAGUCCAGCCGGACAGACAGCUGUCCAACUCCUCCAACCAGCCGUCACAGCAGCUCCAGGUUCAGAUCAGAGUCCAGUUCGUUUGUGCAGAGUCCAUUAACAGUUCCUGCUCCAACCCUGUUCACCAGCACUCUGUGCAGCAUCCUGAAGACUAAAAAGACCAGCACUGCCAACGUCUGUCUGGGCGGCCCUGAACCGAGCUUCCCCUCAGUAUCCAACUCACUCGACAAUGGUAACUCUUCAGACAGUUGUUCCAAGAAAGACAAUGAAGUCCCUGAUAAGAGGAGCCCCUCAAAAACUGAACCAGUACUAAAGGAGCAUGUAAGUCAGUACAACCAGCCUCAAAGGAGAACAGGUUCACCGAGUAUGAUCACCCAAACUGAUGGAACCCUGCUACAGACUGAUCCCCAGGUUGCAGAACUCAACCACAUCCCUGCCAAGCUCCCCCAGUCCAGCUGCAUUCCUGAGGCGUUUAAUGGUCCAGACCCUGAUUGCCACAAGGACAAAACCCCUUCCCAAGAAACUAGGUUCCUCAAAAUCAACACUACUUUCCCUCAAAUCAAAACCUUAAUUUGUCAAAAGAACCGUUUGUUACAGUAUUUUCCGGACACUGUCGACGCAGUCUCCAAACAACAAAGGGACAGUUUCAUCAGUGCCCCCUUUGGUGAACCUUCGGACAGUCAUUGCACCUUGACACAGUCUAGCAGCAAUUUCAGGCCUAAGCAAGAACAGUUCAAGACCUUGCCUGAAAUCGGUCCGGGCAAAGCGUUUGCUCUUAGCCCUAUCAUGCCUACUCUCCAUAAAAACACUGGACUCCUUAAAUCCUGUGAGACUUGCCUCAAAACCAACACAAUCCUCCCUGAAAACAGCAAUCUUUCAGUGUCGUCCCUGGACUCUUGGAGUGGCCUUGAUCAGGAUGUACCUUCCUCCCAAACCAGCAAAGAAGAAUCCUCCAUGUCUAAAAACAGCAAACAAAUUGUAUACUGCCAGUCCUCAUCUUUAAAGAAUUAUACCUUGAAACAGUCUAGUAGCAAUCUCAGGUCUCAGCAAGAACAGUUCAAGACCUUGCCUGUAAUCAAUCCGGACAAAGAGUUUGCUCAUAGCUCCAGCCUCCCUCUUCUCCACCAAGACAGAAUCCAAGACACUGGAAUCCUUCAAUCCUGUAAAACUGGCCUCCAAACCAACACAACCCUCCCUCAAAACAGCAAUCUUUCAAUAUCGUCCCUGGACUCUGGGAGUGGCCUUGAUCAGGAUGUACCUUCCUCCCAAACCAGCAAAGAAGCAUUAUCAGACUCCAUGCCCCAAAGCAGCAAAACUGUCAAAGAUACUGUGUACUGCCAGCCUUCCCCUUCAAACAGUCAUUGCACCUUGACACAAGUUAGCAGCAAAUUCAGGUCCCAGAAAGAAAGCACCUUAUCCCAGGGUGGUUCAGGUGUACCUGAGGUCCAUGCCUCCAAUAUCCCUGAGCCAAACAGCAUCAGCAAUACAUUCAGCAACAAGCACCAGACAGUCUACUCCCUCCAUGAGCCCUUGACCUCCAGCUGCCCAGGCAGAGUCUCUUCCCCAGGGAAAAGCCUCUCACCCGGGCCCUCCCUGCUUCACCAGGCCUCUUUCUAG